AUGUCCAAAAAGGAACAGUUCGCCGUGGAGACCGAGGAGAUCAACUCUUCUGCCUCCUCCGUCACCUACACCGACGUCCUCGACGGAGCAGGAACCAACCAAAACCCCUUCUCUGACCCCAAGGUGGCCCAGCAGUUCAGAGAUCUCUAUGAGAAGUCACAGUACGAAUGUCGACACUUGUUUGACCCCGAAUUCGAAUGGACUGAAGCUGAGGAGAAGCGAGUCAAACGCAAACUCGAAUGGCGAGUCACAGGCUGGGCCUGUAUCAUGUUCAUGGCUCUGCAAAUUGAUCGAGCCAACCUGGGUCAAGCCCUCGCCGAUAACUUCUUGGAUGAUCUCAAUUUGACCACCAAUGAUUACAACUACGGUAACACCAUCUUUCUGGUUUCCUUCAUGAGUGCCGAGAUUCCUUCCCAGCUCAUUUCGAAACGACUUGGUCCCGACAGAUGGAUUCCCCUGCAGAUCUGUAUGUGGAGUAUUGUUGCAAUGUGCCAGGGAGCCCUGUCAGGUCGAGCUUCGUUUUUUGUCACUCGUUGUCUCAUUGGUCUUAUUGAAGGUGGAUUUAUCCCUGAUCUCGUUCUUUGGCUGUCCUACUUUUACAAGUCCAAAGAAUUACCUAUCCGUCUAUCGUUCUUCUGGACUACUCUUUAUCUCUGCAACAUCUUCACUUCUCUACUGGCUUUCGGACUGCUUCGAAUCCGAGCAGGCGGGCUACAGGGUUGGAGAUGGCUGUUCAUCAUCGAGGGGUUCAUGACACUGUGCAUUGGUGUAGCAUCUUUCUUCCGAAUGCCUGCCUCUGCUGCCCAGACCAAGACCCGGUUCAGAAAGAAGGGCUGGUUCACAGACCGGGAAGAAAAGAUUGUGGUCAACCGUGUUCUCAGAGAUGAUCCUUUCAAGGGUGACUUCCACAACCGACAGGCCAUUACGCCUAAAAACCUGUGGCAAUGCCUCUCAGACUACCACAUGUGGCCCAUCUAUGCCAUGGGUCUGCUCAUCUACAUUGGAUCAACUCCUGUCACCCAAUACAUGACUCUGACUCUCCGACAGAUGGGUUUCUCGCCUUUUAACACCAACUUGAUGACAAUUCCUCCCUCUGUUAUCAGAAUUGUCUUCCUGCUGCUUUCAACUUGGCUUUCUGAAAAGUUCAACCAGAGAGCCCUCUUUGCCCUGAGUGAACCCAUCUGGACUUUUGGAGGUCUCCUAGCUCUCAGAUUCUACAGUGGAGCCCUGUCGGACAUUUGGGGCACGUACGUAAUCCUCAUUCUCAUCAUUGGCUCUCCUUAUGUGCAUGCCAUUCUCGUCUCUUGGGCUUCUCGAAACUCCAACACUGUGGCCCAGAGAACCAUUUCUGCCGCAAUGUACAACAUGUGUGUACAAGCUGGAAACGUGAUUGCAUCCAACAUUUACCGUAAGGACGACGCCCCUCAGUACUACCGUGGAAAUACUCAGCUGGUGGCCAUCUCUGCUGCCUCAAUUGUUCUGGUCUUGCUGGUCAAGGUCUACUAUGUGGCUAUCAACCGACACAGAGAUAACAAGUGGAACGCCAUGAGCAAGGAGGAAAAGGCAGAGUACAAGGCUACCACGAAAGACAUUGGCAGUCGGCGGUUGGAUUUCCGCUUUGCCCAUUAG